AUGACCCUCCAAAUAUGCGAGCUCUCGAGGCUCGCCUGCCUUGACUUGUCCGACAAUUCCCUCUCCGAUGAGUUGCCUCCUUGUCUCGGGAACCUCACCAUGCUCAAAGCACUCGACCUUCAAGGUAAUCGAUUCCGUGGUCCAAUCCCUCCAGAGCUCAGGACUUCAAAGAGGCUGGUCCAGUUGAUUCUCGGGGACAAUAACCUGGACGGCACAAUCCCUUCGUCUAAAGGCAACUUGAGCAACUUGACAUACCUACAAAUUCCCAUCGAGUUUGGUUGUUUGAUCGAGUUGCGUCAUCUUGAUCUCCACAACAAUCCUCUUUCCGGCGCAAUCCCUGGAUCUCUUAUCCAGCAUUUGCACUUAAAAUCCAUCAACUUGUCAUACAAUUUGUUCACGGGCCCGAUUUCUAAUUGCCUUGUCACAGCUUAUUCACGCGAUGCAUUUCUUGGCAACAAAGGCCUGUACAUUGUGAAGGAUCGUCCUCCUUCAAGAAGUGAUCCGACUAAGAUUGUGCUUAUUUCGGCUAUAUUCCCUGAGUUCAUUACGGUUCCCAGUUCUUGCUUCCUCUUAAGACGCUUCCCCUUAAGACGACGAAUGAAGAGCGAUGAGGCAAAGGAGACGCCAGAAAAAGAUGGAGAUUUCAUGUCCAUAUGGAAUUACGAUGGGAAGAUUGCAUACGAAUGUAUAGACAAAGUAACAGAAGACUUCGACAUCAAGUAUUGCAUUGGGACGGGUGGUUAUGCUAGUGUCUACAGAGCAGAAUUGCCCAACGGGAAGACUGUGGCCUUGGAGAAACUUCAUUGUUUCGAAGUGGAGGACCCAUCUUCCGACAAGAACUUUAGAAACAAAGUGAAGCACUCAACAAGAGUGCGGCACCGAAGCAUAAUUAGGCUCUAUGGUUUCUGCUUGCAUCGGUGA